AUGCAGUUCUCUCUCCUCGCUGUCCUCACCAUGGCCGCUGGCUCCUACGCCGCCCUCCACACCGCGGCGGUAUGCGUCUCGAACCGGGUAUCGUCAACCGUUGGCGGCACCGCCUGGAGCGUCAGCUACAACUGGCAGACUUCGUACGAGGUCCUCCCCGACGCCACCAAGUGCGCCUGCGACCUCUACAAGGCCCGCAAUACCGGAAACAACCAGUGGGAUCAGUGCCCCGACUGCACCUUUGGCGACGGUCUUGCUUGCAACUCCGCCGGCAAACAUAUUGGCGGUGACGAGAUGGAAUACUACUGCUCGGAGAAGUGCGGUGCUCAGGGCUCCGAGGCUGACUAG